AGCAGCCGGUUUUUUUACUAAGAGCUGUCUUUAGUUUGACUAGAAAUUAUGGUAGACCAUUCAGAAAGUUCUCUGUAAACUGAUCGGAUUGCACUGCAAUAUUUACACAGUAAAACAUGUUGAAAAAGCAAACUCGAAAAUUUAUAUAUUUCAGACUUAUCAACGUAUUUCAUGAUUAGUCUUAGCUAGAGAGAUGAAAUUUUUAGAAAUAAAAGAUCUUCAUUAUAUAUAUAUAUAUAUAUAUAAUAAAGAUGUCAGUCUUCUGCAUGAAGAAAAGUAUGAAAAAUAUUGUUACUAAUAUAUCAUCAGUUUUUGUAAGAUACCCUUGAUAUAUUUGGAAAAAAACUCUGAAACUUUUUUUCUAUUACAUCUUUUAUCCUUCAAACCAAAUAUACUAAACAACGCAGUGCCUUCCAGGUUUUAUACAAAAGCGCUUAAUAUUGAUGGUAAAACCGAUAACCAAUUUACUUCUAAAAUUUUUGCAUCAGGUGCUCAAUGUUAAUAACAACUGAAUGAUUAUUCUUGUGAAUUUGGUUUUUUCUUGUAUUUAUAAUAUUGCUUUUCAUUCUUUAGAUGCACUGAACGGUAGUAAUGAUGCACUUCAAUUAGAUGAAAUGAAUAUCAAAGCAUAUCUUCGUAAAGGUAUAUUUUUGUAUCAUCAAAAUUCAAUAGAAGACGCCUUACAAGUAUUUAUUGAUGGUCUUAAAUUCGAUGAUACAAAUGAACAAUUGAAAAUAUGGCAUGAUAAAUGCGAAAAAGAAUUAUCAGUUCCAAGGACUCCACCAGUAGUUGGAGAAGCACCAAGUUAUCCAUCGUUAAGUCGACGUGCUAUGCUUUGGAAUAAAGUUGAGGCAGAAAUGAAAAAACUUGAAAAAGAAAAUGAAGAUGAUAUGGAUGAUGCCAAUGCACUCUACGAAGAUAGUGAUGAAAAGACACGUCGUGCAAUGAAUAAAUCAAUGAAUGAACCGGGUCGAGUUACUUGUGAACCACCAGAUGGAAUGGAAUGGAAAAAAUAUGAUUCAUUAAUUUAA